AUGGUGACCGUAAGGGCGGUGUUCGUCAUCGGAACCGAUAAGAAAGUGAAGGCAAUUAUCAGUUAUCCGGCGUCGACGGGACGUAAUAUGGAUGAGAUCUUACGGCUCAUCGAUUCGCUGCAAUUGACGGCCAAACGUACGAAUGUUGUGACUCCAGUCGACUGGACAGUCGGCGGCGAUCUCAUCGUCAAACCCGGCGCCUCUAUUGAGGGCCAGAGAGUGGUAGACCUGCCCUCAGGAAAGGAUUACUUGAAAUUCAUUAAAAGUGAUUGA